CAACCGCAUGAACAACAACCGCAUGAACAACAACCGCAUCAACAACCGCAUGAACAACAACACCACCAGCCGGCAACGCCCAUGUCCAUGUCGUCGUGCGACCAAUCGUCACGGCCCCCGACAGCGCCGGCCACACCCCAGACCGAGGGCGACGGCGGCAGCCACGCACAGCAACACCAAGACGACGCUCUGUCUACCGGUGCAGUGCAAGCAGAAGGCGACGAUGCCCACGAUCACAGCAGCCCUGAGAAGGGAGAGGUCAGCGAUGGCACCACGCCACCACCGCCUCUGCAACAACAACAACCACAGCAACCGCAGCAACCGCAAGACGCAGGUCCCAACGAAGGUACUGCGGGCGUGGAUGCCACGCAAGGCAAGGAUGUUGGUCACAGCGACAAUGGCCAUCGCCAGCGCUCGGAUCGGAGCAGCGAACCAUUCCAUGUGGAUGAGGCAAAGCUGGUGAGCAGCGUGCUUGAGAAGCUGCAGAUGAGCGAGCGUGACCUCGCCACCUCGGGCUCUCGCCCCGCCACCAGACACAGCCGCACCGGCAGCAGGCAUGCGAGAACGAGAACAAGCGGCCAGAGCAGCACCACAAGCACGACCCACCUUGGCCACCACUACACCACAGACCCGCCCAGCUCGGCAUCAUACUUUGGUCUGCCCGACGUCGCGGAUGAGCACCCUGGCCACGAUGACGACCUUGCCCUGAGCUACGGCUUGCACACCAGCCAACGCAACCCACUUGGUGUUCGCGGCACGCACUCCGCCACCAGCAUCCAGGACGGCGGCCCCACAGCGCCCAUCGACAGCGGGUACAGGCCGUCCUCACGUGAUGCGCCGCGCCGCCGCCACCACCUCAAGCACACCACAAGCGCCAGCACCAUCGCCGCCGCCACAGCAACAGCUACAGGCAGCAGCAGCAGCAGCGCUGGUGGUGGCGGCAGUGGCGGUGUUGUCCUGCCGCCUCUCGGCCCAUCCGCCAGCGUCACAAGCACCACCAGCAUGUCACACCCACAACACCAGCAACAACACCAGCAACACCAGCGACCCCGCAGCCGCAGUGUUUCCGACAACGUGCGCAUUAACGCCCUGCCUGCCCACAUUCGACCAGCAGACAUGCUAGCCAUCCUGCACCCGAGCCGCCCAAGCAGCGCGGCUGCCGUCGUCUUUGGCAGUGGCAGCGACGACGAGGACGAGAACGGUGAUGAGCGUGGUGAUGGCGGCGUAUAUGGUGAUGAUGAUGUGGAAGGAACCGCGCAACAACAUGACCAACAACACGAGCAACAGCAGCAUCGUGUCAGUGGGCGUGAUGUGUUGUCGUCCCGCGCCAGCUCGCAUCUGCCUGAGUACGCGGGCUCAGUUGUGCAUCCCAACUGGUCCGCCGGCAACGUGUUGGCCAGCACCAACAUCUCCAGCGCCCUCACCCUCUCCCACCACACCAGCAGCAUCGGCAGCAGCAGCAUGGGCAGCCUGCACCGCAGCUCGUCCUGUUCCACACUUGCACCACCGCACCACCACCAGCCGCCGCAGACGGCGCCGUCGACAACAGAUGUGCUGGAUGCGGAGAACGAAUACGGGCGGGCGGCAAUGAAUCGUUGCUGGUCCACCGUUGCCUCGCGCGGAUCCGUCACCAUGGCUCCGCUGUUUGCCCAAUCAGACACGCCGGCGUCACCGCCAGCAGGCCCGCUGUCUGCCACGUCGCUCACAGACGCGCGGCGGCCAACCACCCCGCCCUCCAGCGAGCGCGGACACAUGCGCAGCGCAGCCGGGACUGCCGCGACGCACGCAGGCACUGCCCAGCACUCGCACUCGCCGUCGACAGCGGCGCAGCGGCGGCGGCGCAACCUGCGCGGUGCGCGGUACACAGGGGGGCCUGCGGGCGUGCUCAUGUCCGCAGCCAGGUCUGUGUCGCGCUCACACCGGCGGGCAAAGGAGAGGGACGAUGCCAUGGACAAGCGCAGCAAGGUGGAUGCUGUUGAGGACGGCAAGCGGGAGGCCAUGGCGCACCGCAUCUCCACUGCCAUUGCCGAUCGCGCGCACCUUGACCGCGACAAGAGCACCCACCAGUCCCUGCUGGACACGAUGGCUGAGGCGCGUGGGGAAGAGGACCGCGAGCGCCACGAGCGCGUGCGGCAGCAGCGCGAGGAGCGGGCGAUGCAGCACAUGAAGGCGAUGAACCGAUGGGACAUUGACCGCAUGCUUAAGCAGACGGACCGCGUCAUCAUGCGCCGCCGCGUGCACGAGUCGCUCUCCCGCGCGCAGUUUGAGGACCUCGAGCGCAGGCGGGCGGCUGUGCAGCGUGUGCGACACCAUAAGCAGUUUGUGCAGGCCGCAAGCAGGAACCAUCGCAUGCGCGAGACGUGGCACGGCAAGUAUGCCGUUCCCCCACGCGCCACCCUCGCACCAGCACCCGUCCAGAGCACCACAUACGACUCGCCAGGUCUGAACCGGCGGUCCCAGGCGCGGGAGCUGUCGCCCCUUCGCGUCGACCACCGCUACUGGCAGUACCUCUCGCAGGAGCGCGUGCGGGACAGUCUGCAGGGCCAGCUGCGGUCGUCAUGGCAGGAUGUCGACAGCAUUGUUCGGCGCGAGUCAAAGCACAUGCCCGCCACACACAGCGACGACGGGUCUCAACCGAGCUCGCGAGCGGACUCCGUGCAGAGCUUUGUGUCGCACCCCGACAUUGAGCCGCCGUCCAUGCACCCGACCAUGCCCGCCCUCCGGUCCGCCCCGCUCCUGCGCAGACAGAACAGCAGCGAGAAGCGCGCGCUUGGCCACUCGUCGCACCCGCCGGCACCACCAUCGCCGUCGUCGUCAUCAUCGCACGCCCUGCUCAGGUGCACUUCUCGCCCAUCGUCCUCGUGAUGUUU